AUAACAGCUGAUUCAGGGAAAAAAAUAAAAUACUAUUUUCAAAAAUUCGCUGGAUUCAAAAAGUGUAAACAUGUCAGCGAAAAAAGUAUGUCGUGUUUGUUUGGGAAAGUCCAAAGACAUGGUCAAUAUAUUUAGUAAAUUUCCAGUGUCAGGGAUCUCAAUCGCAGCCAUGAUAACUCAUUGCACUGGUCUGCCAGCUAAACAAGGAGAUUUAUUCCCUGAAAGCAUUUGUCCACCCUGCUUAAAAGAAGCACGGAUAGCCUUUGGAUUUCAAAGGAAAUAUAAGAGAAACCAAAAGUUGUAUUACGAGUGGAUUGAGAAGGACAAUGAGGAGUGUAAAACGCCUAAGUUAUUAGGCUCCGAGGAAGGAGAAUCAAGCAGUACAAUUAGGCAAGACAGCGACCACGAUUGGGCAAAGCCCAACAACCUGUCUAUUCCUGAUGGUUUGAAAAUAGUAAACGAGCCACUCGAAGACUCCUUCCUGGAAGACGAAAAAGCCAUUGAGGAAUUAAGUACGUCAGAAACAUCCUCUAUGGAUUGCAUUGUUAAGGAAGAGUUUUUAUUAGAAAAUAAUGUAGGUAAAGGGUUCAAUUGCUCCUAUUGUUCAAAGAGAUUUGGAAGCAAAACAUCACUUCGAAGACACAUGUAUUCGCACACGGGCGACCGGCCACAUAAAUGUCCGCAAUGCCUAAAGACAUUUAUCCUUGCUACAGAUCUGGAACGACAUAUUCGCAUUCACACCGGAGAACGGCCGUAUAAGUGUACUGAGUGCUUAAAGGCCUUUACCCGAAAUGGAGAUUUACAAAUCCACAUUCGCAUCCAUACGGAUGAGCGUCCUUACAAGUGUCCCCAAUGUCCCAAAUCCUUUCGACAGAAAUCACACCGAAACUUUCAUGGUCUGACCCACACGACCGAUAAACGAUUCGAAUGUCCUGAUUGCUCAAAAACAUACAGUAGAGAAACGGAUCUAAAGAGGCAUAUACGUACUCAUGGGGUCAAAAAUAAAUAAUACUUAAGAUUAUUACUUAAGAACUUUAAGUUUAAGACUUAAAGUUUGUAUUAAGAUGUUAAUGUUAAUUAUGUAUAUGGCAUAAUUUAAGCGAUAAUUGUAUAAGAGUUAUGAAAUGAAUUUAAUUAUGUUAACCAAACAAAAAGUGU